AUGGUCAUAGUCGCAGCUGGUACUCGCAACGAGAGGGGCAUUCACGCAGUUGUUUCAUCUUGUCCUGCAGUUACCAACAGGUUGAAGAUCGACGUGCUCAAGCCCGUUGCCUCGGCACGCCUCGUCUUGCAUCCGCAGCAGGAUGAGUAUUUCAUGAACUUUCUGGACAAGCCCGGCAUGGCUAUUGGACUCAAUGUGCAGCCUGCCUCGCAGACGUCCGAGGGUGUUGCGGAUGCAGGAACCGUCGGGCAUCACCCGGGCAGGAAGCAGGGCCAAUCACAGGGUCCUGGGUCUGCUCGGGACUACCUAGAGCUGCAUGGCGUGCUGAAGUAUGUUCAGAGCAUGCUCACGGCUUUGAUUCAAGCUAAGCCGAAGGAUCCGUACGAUUUCAUGCUGCAUCAGCUGUCAUCUUCGACGUCCUGCGCAUCUGCCAGGCAGCCAGACACCGGCCCAGAAGACCAGGCACUCCGAGCAGACGCUUGCCCGGAGGCGGUCCCGGUGAGUCCUCCAAAGCACGGUGCUGAGCUUCUGAUCGCCGUAUCGAUCCCUAUGCAGACGGGAACCGUGAAGUCAUACAAUCCCCACAAGGGCGACUUGGCGGCAGCAGGUUGGGGCUUCGUGGAGUGCAAUGGCCAAGACAGCUUCCUACACAACAAGGAGCUGAAGGGGCAGUGCCCAUCAGCUGGUGAUCAAGUUGCCUUCAAAGUGGAGCCGUCGGAGAAGGGUACGGUGGCAACGGAGGUGACAGUCCAGGUGUCCUCCGAGGAGGCCUUCUAUGCUGGUGAAAUCAAGCGCUUCAAUCCUGUCAAGGGAUAUGGUUUCAUCUCCUGCGAAGCAUUCCCUGAGCAAGAUGUAUUUGUGCUGAAGUCCGAGCUGCCACAAGGUUUUGGCCCCGAGGGAGGCCGUUGCAAGUUCAAGGUCGCAAAGGAGGAGAAGGGGCCGGCGGCGAAGCAGGUCCAGCUUCUUGGAGCCGCCGAGCAGAUGAGAUCUUGGAUGGGCUGGGGGAAGGGAUGGGGUAAGGGCUCUUGCAACCGCGAAUCCUUGAGGCCACAGGAUGACCUGCCUGUGUCGCCGCAGCCGCCGCCGGCCGAACGCUCGGAGGGGCUUGCAGACAGCCUUGUCAAGUUUGUGGGACCUGAUGCAGCCCCCGGGACACAAGCUGACACCCACAGCACCCAGCGAGAGGCGCUGGCAGAGGAUACCACUGCCUUGACUGAGCACUCAGAGGAAGAGGCGUCCCGCAUUCGAUUGCAAACUGUCCUUCUCAAGGCUGGCAAGAACGGAGUCUUGGAAGAGAUCUUGCAGAACCUAUUCCGCUCUCCCGCGUGCUCUUGCGAGCUGAGCUCGCAACAGCAUGGUCAACCCGGGGAUGGGCACAAAAUCGGCCCAACUCCGCUUGUAAUGGGCGAGCAGACGGAAAGUGGAUUAGGCGAAGGUGAUGCCAGCCAGCUUCGUGCUCAUGUGCGCGACCGGUUGACGAAUGCAUGGACGACCGGUGAGUUGAAGGAAGCGGUGCAGGAGGCGUUGGAACACAACGGACCAAAGAUCGCAGAGGCGACGGCGGAGCAGAGCAUCCAAUUCCUGCAGGACGAGAUCAAGAUCAUGGCCGAAGAAAGUAAGGUCUUACAUGAGCAGGUUGAUCGAUUAAGCUCCGAGAUGCAGCGACUGCUGCUGACAAAUCAGCAGCUUCUCAACCAGAUCCAAAACGGAGAAUCUGCGGGCAAGCUCUGA